GACUUGGAUUUGCUUGUUUCGAAAUCAACCAGUUUAGGAAUUUUGAUAAUUUGAAGGAAGAACGUGAAAUUUUCAAAUUGGUUAUAUUGAAGAACAUAUAAGUUGACUUUGUUGUGAUAGUCCUUGUUCUCUAGACCAUGUUCAAGGUUCCUGAUCAUCAGGUUGCUGGCCACCGAGCCUCUCAAGGAGUGCUUGGUCCUCUCAUAGACGAUUCAGGGCGCUUCUAUAAGCCUCUUCAAAGUGAUGAACGGGGGUCAAACGAGGUGGUAUUCUAUACUCAGUUCUCUUCCAAUAAAGAAAUUCCAAAUCACAUACGUAAAUUUUUUUCAGUCUAUUAUGACACUCAACUUAUAGAGGCAUCAGAUGGAUCGGGUCUCCUCCCCCAUCUUGUGUUGGAAGAUAUCACAUCAACUCGUACCAAUCCGUCUAUAAUGGACGUUAAAAUUGGUUCUAGAACAUGGUACCCCCAAGCUUCUGAAGAUUAUAUCACGAAGUGUCUUAUGAAAGACAGACAAACAACAAGCUUGCCAUUGGGGUUUAGAAUAUCUGGACUCCAGAUUUAUGGGAGUGAACAAUCCGGGUAUUGGAAGCCUGACAAGAAGCGUGUUCUGGGGUUUACUGCAGAGGAUGUUAGGGUAGUUCUCAGGAAGUUUGUUUCUUCUAAUUCAUCCGAUGAUUUUGGUACGGAACCAGAUUGUGCUUUUGCAGCUGCCGUUUAUGGUGGUUCUACUGGGAUCUUGGCACAAUUGUUGAAGCUUAAAGCGUGGUUUGAAGAUCAAACCAUAUACCAUUUCUAUUCUUGUUCGGUCUUAAUGGUAUAUGAAAAGGAGCCAAUUCUAAAUGGGAAAAGUCCAUCUGCUGCAGUUAAAUUGGUUGACUUUGCGCAUGUUUUGGAUGGCCAAGGUGUUAUUGAUCAUAACUUCUUGGGUGGGCUCUGCUCUUUGAUAAAGUUUAUUUCCGAGAUUUUGAAGGAUCAACCUCAUGAUUUAACCAAGGACAAUUCUGGGUCAGAGAUUGCUUGUGCAAAUGACUGCAACAAAAUAUAACCACUUGAGUGUUCGGAUCUAACCACUCGAGUAUUCUGGUAUCUAACUUCUGUUUAGAGUUGAAACUUCACGAGGUUAAUUCUCAGAAUUUGAGAGGCUGCUUUAAGGCAUUUCAUUUUCAUACUAGGCGAAUUGGUGACCACCUGUUGGCAUAAAUGAUAUAAUUCUUACAUUGUUUCUCAAUUGUUAAGAUCUAAAAAUUGAUGUUAUUGCAAGAAUAAUGAUGCAUUUAGAACGUGUUGUCAGGCCCGUAAACUGUUCAUCUUUUGUUAAGAAAAGAUGCAAAGAAGUUGAGCCAUUUCCGAUAUCGGCCGAUUUUUGCUUUA